GUGAUUGAAUGAUUUGAAAGCAGGCUAAUGUUCUCUACUAGAUUGAUUAAACCACAACUAUGGAAGGGCGUGAAUUUCCCAGCUGUACCCCGUUUCAUAUCAACAUCUUCUAUAAGACUUAAUGCUGACUCCAACAAAAACCCCAAGUCUCCAAGCGAGUCCACCUCCACUGGUGGAUCGGGUAAGAAGAGGCCAUUGAGCAGAAUAGCUAUUGGAGGAGAGCAGUCCAAGCAAAAAUUCGCUGCUGGUAACAGUAUUGAGUUUGCUUCCUGGAAAGCGGUGAUUGUGUUGUUGGUGGCUGGAGGAGCUGCUACUUAUUGGUUCUCUCGGGAAAAAGAAAGAAUAAGAAUACAAAAAGAAGUUGAAAGUAAAAGAAGUUAUGGUAAACCAUUGGUGGGAGGUAACUUUACAUUGAUGGAUACUGAAGGAGACAAGUUCACGCAAGAAAACUUGAAAAAUGACAAGAAGAUGUUUUCAAUCAUCUAUUUUGGAUUUACACAUUGUCCUGAUGUGUGUCCUGAGGAAUUGGAUAAGUUGGGGGAGAUGCUAACUGAAUUAGACAAGGAUAAAAUACAGUUGCAACCAAUUUUCAUCACAUGUGACCCUGCUAGAGAUACCCCUGAUGUAAUCAAGACGUAUUUGAGUGACUUUCACCCUUCCAUUAUUGGAUUAACCGGUACUUAUGAAGCAAUCAAAAACACUUGUAAGAAAUACCGGGUGUACUUUUCAACUCCUCCAAACGUCAAACCUGGUCAAGACUAUUUAGUUGAUCACUCAAUCUUUUUUUACUUGAUGGACAGUGAGGGAAGCUUUGUGGAUGUUAUUGGAAGAGAAGUUGAUAGUAAAGAAGGAGCUCAAAAGAUUAGAGAUCAUGUUGACGCAUUCAUUCCACAAGCUGAGAGAGAGAAAAGACAAGAAGGAUGGUUGAGUUUCCUCUAUAAAUAAAGGGCCUAUUUGAAGCACUACCUGUAAAUAAAUAUUUAAAGAAUUCAAAGUACACAUUUAUGAAUUGUAGUUGUAGCAGUCUUCAAAGAACUCGACUUCCAAUUCAAGGGUCUUUUUUGCUGUUUGUUCAAAUGUUUCCAUGUCCGAGGGAGCCACUCUGUCAACCUCCUGAGCAAGAAACUUGACCCAUUUUUCAAAAUCCUCUCCACUGUGCAAAUCUAUCCACUCUUGGUGUUUGUAUUCAAGACUCUUCGAAAUUGAACCUUGUUGCAAAUUGAAUUCAACCCAUCCAAGGUACACUUUUUCCAUGAUAUAAACGACGGUUAUCAAUUCCACAUAAGAAUUGGACUCAUUAAGCAAAUAGUCGAGGUAAUCGAUAUACUUCUUAACGGCUGGAAGAGUUUCCGAGUUUUCUCCAAGCAUAUGAGGAACUCUUUUCUGUACCUCUUCUGACUGUUUCAAUUCAUGUAUACAAACAUGAAAGUACUUGUUUUCAGUGCUCAAUCCGCCGAUAUAUUCAUAAAUAGUUGAAGAUGCUUCUUUACUAUCACUUAGUCUCAUGGUUUUAGAUAUCAAGUCUGCCCCGGUUUCAAAGUACUUCAAGUCCUGAACCAAGUACGUGAAGAGCUUAAAAUCGGGUAAAGUACCAGCACACAAUUCAUUUGUCAAGGGGUGCAGAAUUGACUGUUGAUACCAAUGGAAGUAAUUUUCCAAUAAUUCAUCUGAUGGCGACAUAAUCAAA